GCACCUAAUUAUAUGAUAAAUGGUGCUGAAGACAAAAUAUCUCCUUUACCCUUAGAAGGACAAACCUUAGGAUGGGACAAGAUUAAAGAUGGGGCUCUACAGCAGUCCUCCAAAAGGACACUCUGUGAGCUCUCCACACAACUUUCUUCAGACAGUAAAAUCUAUCCUGAUGAAGAAGAGCUGCUCUACCUGAAUUUCAUGGAAAAUGUGACUGAUGAAAUAUUGAAACUUGGUUUAUUUUCCAACAGGUUUUUAGAGCGACUGUUUGAGCGGCAUAUAAAACAAAAUAAACACCAUUUGGAGGAGGGGAAAAUGCGCUACCUGCUGCAUGGCCUGAAGGUUGACUUGGGAUGCAUAUCUGAGGAACAGCCAGAAAAGCAAAACAGUUUCAGAAUGUUGAAUCAACUUGAUUUUCAAAAGGCUCUGAUUUCAAAACAUACUGAACUUGUAAGUAAUGAUGAUACAUUAAUUCAGCAAGAGCGCCAGCAGUUCCAGGAGGCCCUGGACAUGUUGUCAUCUAUGCCGAAGGAUGAAGACAAGAUGUUCUCUUUACCUGGUGAAUUUUUAAUACCUGUUCACAGAUUCAAGUAUUCAGGUGUUACAGUUCAACAGGUCAAUGAUGAGACAGAUCUUGAAGCCUCAACCUGGAAUGAAAAUAAUCCAAGAAUUUCUGACAGUUUAAUUGACCAGGAAACUUCUGUGGAUGUCAUUGAAGGUGACAGUGACUAUGAAAAGGUUGAGACUUCCAGAGAAUUAUGUUGUCUUAACACAUCACUGUCCCCAUCUGUUCAGUUCCCCAGUGUCAAAAAUGGCAGUAAUCAUGACAAGGAAUUAACUCUAAAAAUCAUGGAAAUGAGCAUUGAAGACUGACCUCUGGAUCUUCAUUAAUAAAUACUCCAUGUGGCCAGUAACUCAAUACUACUUUUCUCCUUUUCUUUUUACAUAUUAAGAUUUUUGUAUUUUCAGUGCUAUAUAAUAAAUUACCAUAAAUUUA